ACAUUGGUCAUCAGUGCUCAUGUGUUUGUAGGACAUGUCAGUGAUGUUUCUUCCUUUUGACCUGACUCCAUCUGCGUUUCCUGUAGGCAUUGCUGGCCUUUUCACCAUCUUCUCCAGCUUUGUAUUCAGCACAGUUGUCAUUCACUUCCUUGAUAAGGAGCUCACUGGCCUCAAUGAGGCUUUGCCCUUCUUUCUGCUUCUCAUCGACCUCUCCAAAGCAUGCGCUCUCGCCAAGUUCGCCUUAAGCUCUAGUUCUCAGGAUGAAGUGAGGGAUAACAUUGCUCAUGGGAUGGCGGUACUUGGACCUGCCUUUACUUUGGAUGCUCUGGUGGAAUGCUUAGUGAUCGGAGUGGGAACCAUGUCAGGUGUACGGCAGUUGGAAAUCAUGUGCUGCUUUGGAUGCAUGUCUGUCCUGGCCAACUACUUUGUGUUCAUGACUUUCUUCCCAGCAUGUGUGUCCCUGUUGCUGGAGCUGUCCCGCGAGAGUCAGGGGGGCCAUCCUAUCUGGCAGCUCAACGAUUUGUCCAGAGCCAUGGAGGAGGAGGACAACAAGCCCAAUCCUGUAACACAGAGGGUCAAAAUGAUCAUGUCUCUCGGCCUGGUCAUGGUUCAUGCUCACAGCCGCUGGAUUGCUGAACCGUUGUCCAUAAAGUCUGCGGUGGACAUGCUCGGGGUCGGCAUGGAGCUGGACCACUUCUCGCCCAGGAGAAUUGAGCCGGAUAAACCUCUUUGGCAGUUCUACCUCACGAGGAUGAUAACGAUGGACAUAGAGCAGAUGAUCUGUCUGCUCUUGGCCCUGCUGCUCGCUAUCAAGUACAUCUUCUUUGAACAGGCUGAGAUGGAGUCCACGCUGUCACUGAAGAACCCCAUGUCCCUCUCCACACACACCCUAAAUCCUCCAUCCCCAUCCGAGCCCUGCUGCAGGGAGGAUCUAGUUACGUCACGAUGCCACGCCCCUGCUCACGCCAUGGCUGUUGCAGGACCUGCCCAUAAGGAGGAGAGAGAUGAGGUUAUCCGGCCGCUGUCUGCUGCCGACAACGAUCAUCAUCCAAGGAGCUUCUUUGUAACGAGGGAAGAAGAAUCCAAGUGUGAGAGCACGGAGAACACGCCCCCCCAAAAGCCCAGAGACCUGAACCACUGUGUGGCCAUCCUCAACGACCCCAAGCUGGGCCCUCGUUUUCUGAGUGAUGCUGAGGUGAUGCUCCUGGUCAGCUCUAAACACGUCCCCGCCUACAAACUGGAAGCCAUCAUGGAGACCGCAGAGCGAGGCGUGGCCAUUAGAAGAAAAAUGUUAUCAACCAAGCUUCCCUGUUCCUCUGCGCUCUCCUCUUUACCGUACACAAACUAUGACUACUCGAAGGUUGUCGGCACCUGCUGUGAGAAUGUGAUUGGCUAUGUGCCCGUACCUGUGGGUGUGGCUGGACCACUACUUCUGGAUGGGAAACAGUUCCAAGUUCCCAUGGCAACUACAGAAGGCUGCUUGGUCGCCAGCACCAACCGCGGCUGUCGAGCAAUCGCACUGGGUGGGGGAGCCCGUAGUCGUAUCUUGGCUGACAGCAUGACUCGGGGCCCUGUAGUCAGAUUACCCUCUGCCUGCCGUGCUGCUGAAGUCAAAGCCUGGCUGGAGAGCAGCGAUGGUUUCCAGGCCAUCAAAGCCGCCUUUGACAACACCAGCAGGUAAACUGGUCUGCAGUGUGUGUUUGUGUGUGUGUUUGGACUGAACGCAUUUAUGACGUAGCAACCAUACGUGAUGAAUCUGAUCUGCCCGCAGGGCACAGAGGAGGCUCUGAGCUUACUGCAGCAGCACUUCCCAGAGCUGCAGGUGGUGGCUGUUAGUGGGAACUACUGCACAGACAAGAAGCCAGCUGCCAUCAACUGGAUCGAGGGCCGGGGAAAGUCUGCUGUCUGCGAAGCCACCAUCCCUGCCAAGGUGGUCAGAGAGGUUUUGAAAACAAGCACAGAGGCUCUGGUGGACGUGAACAUCAAUAAGAACCUGGUGGGUUCAGCCAUGGCAGGAAGCAUCGGAGGCUUUAAUGCACAUUCAGCCAACCUGGUCACAGCCAUCUACAUAGCAUGUGGACAGGACCCAGCUCAGUCAGUGGGCAGCAGUAACUGCAUCACCCUCAUGGAGCCGUCAGGCCCAGCAGGAGACGACCUGCACAUCUGCUGCACCAUGCCAUCUAUAGAGCUGGGCACUGUGGGAGGAGGAACCAACCUGCCUCCACAACAGGCCUGUCUGCAGAUGCUGGGUGUGCAAGGAGCCAGUCAGGACUGUCCAGGCGAGAACGCCCGACAGCUGGCCAGGAUCGUGUGUGCCACCGUACUUGCUGGAGAGCUCUCACUGAUGGCUGCUCUGGCUGCUGGGCAUCUGGUCAAGAGUCACAUGACCCACAACAGGUCGAAGGUGAACCUGCAGGAGACGGGAACGUGCACCAGGGAAGCAUCGUGAACGAACAGCUGGGGCUGCUGGGAAAACUCUUACUGGAAACAUGUGGCCAAUCGGAAAGCGGCGAGUGAUUCAUCAAUGACCUUAAAGACGAUUCAAAUCAAAGAGACUUUCUGCUGAGCAGUUUCUAUUCUGACAUUAAGGAUGAAUCAGUAUGUUCACAUGAACAAUCAGUUCAUGACUUCUUGUAUUUCAGCAGAAUGAUGUAAACUUCACAGCCCUCAGGAUUCAAAUUAAAGUCCCUCCCCUCCUAC